AUGGAACAACAGCCAACCGGAGCAAGUAUUGUUCAGGGGCCCACAGGGCAACAGACUGCAGCAGUGGGUCCUGUCUACAGCACCGUGGGGCAACAAAGUGCAGCAGUGGGUCCUGUCCAAAGCACCGUGGGGCAACAAAGUGCAGCAGUGGGACAGGUGCUUGGAGCGGGGGCCCAUAGGCAGCGACCAUCACUGACUUUGUCAAUGUUUACCAAGCCAAGAUUUGGUGGUUCUCAUGUUGCUGCUGCAAAGCCAAAUCUUAGUAGAGCCAGAAAAGUAACCAAGACCCAAGUCACCGACCCCACUGAAGGAAGUACCAGCUCUCCAGCCAGCAUUGCUGUCUCAGCUCCAGAGCCUCAGACAGAUGCUCAAGCUUCAGUGCCUGUCCUCAGUCGCUUAGCAAUAUGUGCCACUGUGUCAACUGCUGACUCCAGGACAGAGACACUUGAAGCUUCAACAACUCAGCUGCCCCGUUUGUGGUCAGAGGGCUUGCCACCUGAAGACCACAAAUGGAUUGUGAAGACCCUAUUGAAGCUGGGGCCCAAGGGAAAACUAGAGCUUCAAGACAACCUGAAGCUCUGGUACUUUCCACCACAGCCAAGCCAUCUGUACCACCAGGCUCCUGCUCCAGACCGUUUUUUUGCCCACCCACUUGUCUGGAUGCCCUACAAAUUGUGGAAGGUGAAGGUGGUCUGUUCCAAUCCUGCCUGUGGGCGGCAUCAAAUCACAGGAGCGAGGCUGCACAAGAGGGCAUUGCGGGUCCUGGACGUGGACAGGAUCUACAAUAUGGUGACAGAGACUCUAACCUGUACCAAAUGUAGAUCCACCCAUGUGUCUUGGAGCCAGACUGUCCUUAUGCAACUGGACUUGGCUCACAGAUCAGAAUUUCGGGUCAUCCUCACACAAAAGUAUGCGUGUGACAUCCGGGUGAUCCGGCUUCUGUGGGACAGAGGCCUGGGUAACAGCACAACACGCGUUUUAAAGGAGCUGAUGGAGAACCACGCGGAGGAGUGGCUGCAUCGCGUAGCAAGGUACACCACAGAGUGUGUAGACUUCCUCCAGCGGCCCGGAUUGUUGCCCAUGGCAUUCCUUGAGCCUCCAGAGCCUGCAGUGGUGCCAAGCUGUAAGUGGCUCCUCUCAGUUUACAGCCAGGACAUUUUAACAAGGCUGGAAGACAUCAAGGCCACAAUAACCUCGACCUAUGGCACUAUUCUAAAAAUGGAUUCGACUAAAAAGAUCACCAAGAAGCUUGCCGGAACAGCCAAGGGGACAGCACUCUGGCUCACCUCUGUGGGAAAUGAGUAUGGUCAGAUUCUCAUCAGUGUGCUGACCGCUCAGGAGGGAGCUGGCCUGGACAUGAUGGCAGCAGACCUGGUAAAGAGAUACCAGCAAGCCGGUGUGGAUCCCCCUGUUGCCUUAUAUGUCGACUGUGGCUGCUGUACUGAGGCAGGAGAGACCAAGCUGAAGGCCAGAUUCAGCGGGUGGCCACACCUCACUAUAAGGCUGGACAUCUGGCACUUCAUAUGCCGACUUGCCCUGGUAUGCGCAACAGAUGCUCAUCAGCUGUACCCAGUAUUUAUGUCGCGCCUAUCAGCGUGCAUAUUUGAGUGGGAUGCAGCUGAUUUAGCUCUGUUGCGUGAAGCAAAAAGACAGCAACUUCAGUCCCAGGGCCUGUCUUCCCUUACUGAUGGUGACAUCAAUAAACAUCUCUCAAGGAAGGAGCUCACUCUCCAUUGCCGGAGGAGGACCCGUGGUGAGGAGACCACCAAUCAGCUACUGGAGGAGCUGCUGCAGGGGCUCAUGGGGACCAGUGGCAACGACUCCCUUCGGGUUCCCCUGUUUGAUAGGGAGAGGAUGAAGCACAUCUGGCGUGCCCAAAGAAAGCACGUCAACUGCAUCCAGGACCUGCCAGGUGUUGCUCUAUACACCAAGACAGGGGAGCUCACAAAGGGAGGUGUGCAGUUACCCAUGUACAGAUGUGCCAGAGGCUCUACAUCUUUAGAGUCUUUUCAUUUACGCCUAAACCGCUUCACACCAGGGACCAGUGCCAACAGCCUGAAUUUUCAGGUAUACCUGCUAGAAGGACUGCAUAGGUGGAACCAGGGCCGUGGUAGUGCUGCCCUGUCUACUGGACCAUCUGCUUUACGCAGUUACUUGGGAGAGCUCAUAGGGGUACAGUAUCUGUUCCGGCAGACUGGUCAGGCACUGCAGGAUAUGCACCCUGAUUCAGAAGAGACUGCUCAGUUAAUUGAAGAGCAUGACGAGGAGGAUGACAUGGAGGAAGAUGAGGGCUUCUCUAACAUCACAGAUGACCCCACAUUGCUGGACCUGGAGGUUCUUCAGGUUCCAGCCUCUCCGAUUCCUGGUCCCUCCACCAUUACAUCUGGUCUCGGUUCCCUGGCCCACACUACAUCCAGUCUGGCCCCCAGCAGAUCCACCCUGGUUCCUGGCACAUCUGCAAUGACUGCCAGCACAUCCACAAUGGCUCCAGUUCAUCCUCUGAGGCUGGAGUUGAUAUACAAGCUGAAGUUGAAGAUAUGCAACCAGCAGGCCAGCACAGUUAUAGCACUGUGGGAGAUCCUGGAUGAAGGUGACAAGCAGCGGGUGGUUUAUGCAGCACGACAUCAAGACAGACUUUUGAGUGGACGGUUCAGAACACCAAAGAAGCCCCAAAAAACGCCUGGUGUGGAGAGCACCACCCGUUGCAUGCUCAGUGGCCUGACUGCUGUCGGUUGGUGGAAAAUAUUUUUAGAAGACUGUGCAAUCUUCACCCAAACCCAGUAA